CAAGAAGCUGUGGAGCCAUCAGAGGAGAAAGACACGAGCUGCUAUCUGGAACCUUGCUGGUUUCUGUGAAUCAAAAGUGCCACAGAAAGUUUUUCUCAUAUUGAGACUCCAGGGAAGUUUGGAAUGUAAAGACCUCGAGAAGGAAGCCUGGAAAGCAGCCUUUGUGCAUUCAGUUAGGCAGAGGUUGAGAACAAACCAAGAGAUAUCUUCAAGUUCUUAAAGGCAGAAGCCUUCAACAGUAAGACAUUUAAAACAUAAACAUCUGGAAGCCAUCAAAAGAACAUGGGAGAACCUGGGAAAAGUGUUGCAACAUGUGGGGUGACAUGCUUUUCAAAAAUGAAGUUGUUUUGCUCCCAUGUAUGUUGGUGUACCACUUGUGUGUCUGGUAUCCUUGGAGGACAGAAGUUGUUGAAUUCCUGAAACUGAUGAUACAGAUGUUUCUGUUGACAUUAACAGUGGCAUAUCUAGCCAAAUCAAUAUCCGGAAAUUAUAUGAUUUCCAUGCUCACACACAUAGAGAGGCAAUUCAAUAUCCCCACAUCUGUAGUUGGAUUUAUCAACGGGAGUUUUGAGAUUGGAAUCCUUUUGUUGAUUGUAUUCGUGAGUUAUUUCGGAACAAAACUGCACAGGCCUAUCAUGAUCGGCACUGGUUGUGUGGUUAUGGGCCUAGGGUGUUUCUUAAUAUCACUACCUCAUUUCCUGGUGGGACGAUACGAAUACGAGAAAAUGAUCUCAUCUUCAAGUAACUUGUCUUCAAAUAGCUUCUUGUGUUCAGGAAACAGAAGUCAGACCUUGACACCAACACAAGACCCAGAAGACUGUGAAAAAGAAAUUAAAUCCUUAAUGUGGAUAUGUGUAAUGGUAGGAAAUCUUAUUCGUGGAAUUGGUGAAGCUCCCAUUGUGCCCUUGGGCAUUUCCUACAUAGAAGAUUUUGCCAAAUCUGAAAACUCCCCUUUAUACAUUGGGAUUUUAGAAGCAGGAAACAUGGCUGGCCAUUUUAUUGGACUUUUGUUGGCAUCUUACUGUGCAAACAUCUAUGUAGACAUUGGGUCUGUGAAUACAGAUGACCUGACCAUAACUCCCACUGAUACGCGCUGGGUCGGUGCUUGGUGGCUCGGCUUUUUGAUCUGUGCAGGAGUGAAUGUCCUGGCCAGCAUCCCCUUUUUCUUUCUUCCCAACAUGCUCCCAAAGGAAGGACUAGAGGAUAAUGCAGAUGUGACUAACAGCAACAAAGAAGAAAAGCACCAAAGAAAAGCCAAAAAGGAAAAACGGGGAAUCACUAAAGAUUUCUUGCCAUUCAUGAAGAGCCUUUUCUGUAACCCGAUUUAUGUGCUUUUUGUCCUUGUAAGUGUGCUUCAGAUCAGUUCACUUACCUUAUCAUUUGUCUUCACGCCUAAAUAUCUGGAACAACAAUUUGGAAAAUCAACUGCAGAGAUAGUAUUUCUCAUGGGAAUUUAUAACAUACCUCCAGUAGUUUUUGGUCAUUUAAUUGGUGGUUUGGUUAUGAAAAAGUUCAAUUUUACUGUCAAGAAAGCUGCAUACAUAGCUUUCUGCUUAUCCCUGACUGAGUGGCUUUUAUUUUUCUUAAACUUCAUGUGGACCUGUGAUAAUUUCCCAGUUGCUGGCUUAACUAUAUCUUAUGAGCAUGAACGAGUUCAGGAGCCAUUAUACGUGGAGAAUAAAAUUCUUGCUAACUGCAACACGAGGUGUAACUGUUUGACCAAAAUAUGGGAUCCAGUGUGUGGAGACAAUGGAAUAACAUACAUGUCAGCCUGCCUUGCAGGCUGUGAGAAAUCUUUUGGAACGGGAAUUAACAUGGUGUUUCAAAAUUGCAGCUGCAUUCAGUCUUCAGGAAACUCAUCUGCAGUCCUUGGGCUGUGUAACAAGGGCCCCGAAUGUACUAUAAAGAUGCAGUACUUUUUCAUCAGGGCAGUAAUUGGCAGUUUCAUCUAUGCACUAUCAGCAAUUCCUGGGUAUAUGGUUUUUCUGAGGUGUAUCAAGCCUGAAGCAAAGUCUCUUGGAGUUGGAUUACAUGCAUUUUUCAUAAGAGUAUUUGCGGGUAUUCCAACACCUGUUUACUUUGGUGCCUUGAUAGACAGAACCUGUUUACACUGGGGAAAUCAGAAAUGUGGAAAGCCAGGGGCUUGCAGGAUAUAUGAUAUAAAUAACUUCAGGAGCAUUUUCCUUUGGUUGCCAACAGCACUAAGAGGAUCAAGCUUAAUCCCAGCAAUCUUCAUUCUAAUACUUUUGAGGAAGUUCCAACUCCCUGACAAAACUGACUCUUCAGAGAUUGAAUUUGUAGAGAUGAAGCUCACAGAGAAGGAAAGCAAGUACAUGGAUGUGCCCAGAAGUCCUGAGUUUGAGAACAACCGAGAACUGAAAACGAGGCUGUAAUGAAAUUUCUGUUGACCUACCCAAGUGCAUGGACAGUGUGCAUUUGGUUCUUUUGAAUUAUGGGAAGAACUAUAGGAGCUCUUUUCUUAUCCUUGACCUUAAAAGUUAUUUUAAAACAUGAUAAAAAUAUUUACUGAUAUCUUAGAAGCUUUAGAGUGGCACUAAAGGUUUUCCCAGGAAAGACUAUGGUUACCCCACCACAAUGAACUUCACAGCUGCCUUCAUUGUCACACAGCAUUUUCUCUUUUAACUCAGUCAGAGCAAGUACACCUUUCUUACCUAUCUGCAAAAAAGCUUUAAUACUUUUCCAUGAUGAAACACUAUUUGAUUUCAUGGAAUUAUGUUUUGAUGGUACAUUUAUUUAGAGUAGAACAUUUUCAUCUUGGUUGUGUUACAUUGAAAUAAUUUGUUUAAAUUUAUCCUUUCUAUAUGCAAAAUAUUGGCAUACUUCUUUGACUAGUUAGGAGUUCUUAAUUCUCUUUUUUAUUCUAGGUAUGAUGCUUCUAAAAUUAGACUUCUUAUUAAAUGUCAUCUGUUGCUUUCAAUCUCUAUUUUAUUACUCAUGUCACACAUUUGAUUACUUAGAGAACUGAAAAUUUUAAUCAUGUUUUUAAAAAUUAUGAAGCAAAGAUCUUUGGAACUUUUUUUCCUUAGGAAUUCAAAGCUGGUCAUAAAACUCACUCUUAAAAGCAAGAAUUUGAGGAAGCCUAUACUUGCAUAGGCCUUCAUAGAGAAGAGGUUGUAUGUCAGUGGUACAGUGAUUGUCUAGUACAUGUGAGACUCUGGGUUCAACGUCAAAGUAGAGCAAAUGACUGAAAAUAAAAUCAAUAAAUGCUAGAUGCAGCAUCAGAUAUUCUCAAAAGACUAGUAUCUCAUAUUCAGGUGGCCUCUUUGACCCAGAAUUCAUUUUACUUAUGUGUCCUUAGAUACAUUGAUAUCCAUUAAUUUUCAAAAUAGUCUUAGAGUUAAAUAUUUAAAAAGAGAUUAGUUAGAUGGCUCAGUGGAAAGGAAAGUUUACCACCAAUCCUAACAAGAUGGGUUUGACCCCAGAGAUCCACAUGGUGGAAGGAGAGAACCAUGUCUUGCAAGUUGUCCCAUGUCAUCUACUUCUGUAAUGUGGUGUACAUGCCCCACCUGUAAAUAAAUAAAUUAAUAAAAAGAUGAAAAAAUUAUAAA